AUGAAAAGUCCUCUCAAGCGUCUUUCUUAUGUCCUCGCCUUCAUAGCAGAUUCUCCUUCUGCUCCCAAAAGCGCCCACAAGGAGCAGAAAGACAAUCUGCUUUCCUAUUACCAGUCAUCUAUCCCCAAUGAGGUCCAAAGUCAUGCACGCUCGGCAUCAACGCCCCAAGGUUUCCUGCCUUCAACGCGUCCAGUUGUCCCAGCAAGGAAGAUGUCUUCUACCUCCAUGUCCUCAGAGUCAGAUUAUUCCUACGACUCCGACAGAGACUGUCCUUACGAUUCUGAAACCAAUGACACCAAGCACUCUCUCUCAGAGUCUUCCUCCAGUGUAACCCGCAGAUCCGGUGCCCCCUCCAGAGGCGGUGCCGACAGGCGGAGGAUGGCCAUUGUUCAGAUGGAUGGCACUGCUGACCGUGCCUAUAAAUCUUCUUCAGAGACUGCCUCGUCUGCCUCUAUACGCUCUCGUCGUGGCCACACCUCAAGCUUGACCGGUCUGGCUCUCGUCGCGCCCCCCGACGCCGCCCUCAGGACAUACACUCAACUCACUCCUCCAUCAACGGCGCCUGUUUCUGGCGAUUACAUGAACCAUGUUCUAUUAACGGCAACUCAGGGAAAAGUUCACAGUCGCUCUUCUUCUCAAGACCCUUCCUCCAAAAAGACUGCCACGUCUCGUGAUACAUCUUCAACUCAAGGCACACAAUCGCUUCUUUCUUCGGCGAAUAAUAGUAAAAUACCACGGGAAACAAAGAACGCUGAUCAUAAUAACAAGGCCUUCCCAAAUCACAGAACAAGCAGCUCACGGUCCCCCUCUCCGGAUAUGUCUACUGCCAUAGAUGAUCGAGAUCUCCAUCAUGGCCUCCUCUCUCCUCCCACCACUGCAUAUCCCUCCGCUCGUACCAUCGACAUGUUUUCGCCUAUAGUAACACCAGACAUCGGCGAAGGCAAGGAGAUACAUAUGCCAGUUGCGGGGCCUGUAGUCGUAAAAUUAGACGGCGUCCAAUCUCGGAGAGUAGAAUCCACGCCCUCUUGGAGGAACGAACAGAGUCCAGCUUCACAAGCACAUUCUCAAUCCUCGGCUUACGGUUCUCCCGCUGCACACUCAUCCACGUCAGCAUACCUAUAUUAUGAGCCAGGUGUUCACUCGACCGCUGGUCCUCUACCUCCUCCACCGAGGACGAGCAUCAACCUCAAUAUAUCCACUCCUCCCCCUCCUCGACCUCCCCGACUUCACUCUCCUGCUCCAGCACGAAUGAAAAGUGACCUUGAGGCUGUCAAACAAGCCCUUCAGCUGCCACCAUCGGUCACUGCUGCCCUCGCCGCGCGAUCUCCAAGCAAACUCUCGUUAUCGCAUUCCGAAGAGAAGAAGAAGACCGUUUCAGAACAAAAGGACAAUGCAGGUGGUGAGUCGAUUGUAUCUCGCCCAUCCAUCCACCGUCGAGAAGGUGCUACAUUGGCGACAAGCUCAGUAGACGCAUCAUCCACCGAAUCUUCUCCAUCUUUACCGAAUCAGCCAUCACCGAAGCCUCCCUCGCCAGGGUUACCGGUAGUACAAGAAGUAGACAAGCCGUCAUCUCCCCCUGAAAAUCCUACCGAUGAUGUUCCUGAUGUGACCGUCGAAGCCGCCGCACCAACAAAUACACCACCAUCCGAGAAAAUCGACACCGCAAAAUUCAAUCAAUGGCUGAAAGAAAAUCCACAUCUAGCGAAAGGACUCGCUCAGGAAGACGCACAUUCUCGAGAGUCUAUGGAGCGGUCACUGUCGCCUUUGUCGGCGGACAUCACUGGUGACGCACCAAGCCCUCCCCCGAAAAGCUUCAGGAACAGUCUGACGAAUAACCUUAAACGUUUUUCGGCGCUCCCACGAUCGCCAUCGCUGUCUUCUCGAUCGCGCCCCUCAUCAGGGAGUACGCGAUAUUCCAGAACACCUUCACCGUCCCUGCAUCACGCACCCCCGCCACCCCCGCCAAACCGUGCCUCUUUCCAGAAAAUUCAUUCCACCAACCCUGCUGCGCUCUUCUGUCAUGAAGUCAACUCGCAGCACACGACUAUCCAGCGAUGUGCCAUCUACGUAGCGAAAAUCAAUGAACUGUACGUGCACGACUGUGGGCUUUCAGAGUGGGUGUUUGAGACCAAGUCGCGUGGCUCGACGAACCCACACGGCAUGCAGCGCGGUCCGUCUUCCCAGCCGUUCGUGCCGCAGCCGCGGCAAACUUCACGGUCAUCCAUGAUCUCAGAGGCGACCUUCCCCAUCCGCCCUGACGCGUCCGUCGCGACUGAUUUAAUGCAGGGCGCGUACAGGGAUAUCACUCCGCCAGGUAUACCCCCGCCCUCUUUGCCAUACCCCUCGCUUGCUGUCAACCCACCUCGCAGCACGCAGCCCAGUCGCUCCAACUCGAGCGCGACCAGCGGCACGCCUCCUUCCUCUGUCCGUUCCUUGGUUUCCUCACCUUCCACGAAAGGCGCAGGCUUCUUCGCGUCUCUCGGGCGCAAAGCCAGCUUGUCUUCACGGAAAGAACGCUUCCCUACACAUCUUUCUUCGACAUCAGGAACCAUCUCGUCCAAUUCCGGGCGAUCCAUCUCAAAGAACCCCGCGUCGACAACCAACAUAUCGCGACCUGUCCUCAUCUCCAAUCCUCCUUCAGUUCCCGGUGGACCGCGGGCGCCGCCACGGCGCGCUCAGCGGUCGCAGACGUUUACCAGUUCAGCGUUGCUUAACUCUGAACGUGACGAUUCGAUGGGGCGCCGGCCAUCGUUAUUUAAUCUCACUCUGGACACCGUUAUUGACAUACAACCUGAUCCGGCUUUCACUCGUCAAGUCGACCAAUUGGCUGCCCUGCUUCCCCAUGCGGAUCGUGAUGUCCUCGCAGGAUACCUCCGCCGUGCUGGUCAAGAUAUGUUGGCUAUCGGCCAAUACCUCGAAGACGAACGAAUGGGCACCAUCCGACAACCAUUCUGA